GGUGGUCAGCUUAAGGCCGGGGCCAUCGUGGGCUACGGAGAGCGUGUGGGGAUGAGCGGGUCCCUCCGCCGAGCGGGGACAGCUCUGCUCCGCUGGGGGCGAGGCACGGGCGGCGGUGGCCUUUGGGGUCCGGGCAUGCGGGCGGCGGGCUCGGGCGCGGGCAGCGGCGGCUCAGCGGAGCAGCUGGACGUGCUGGUGAAGAAGGACAAGGUGGUGGUGUCCCUCAAGGGGACGCCGGAGCAGCCCCAGUGCAGCUUCAGCAACACCGUGGUGCAGAUCCUGCGGCUGCAUGGCGUUCGCGACUACACGGCCUACAACGUGCUGGACGAGCCGGAGCUCCGACAAGGCAUUAAAGACUAUUCCAACUGGCCCACAAUCCCGCAAGUGUACCUCAAUGGCGAGUUUGUGGGGGGCAGUAACAUUCUUCUGCAGAUGCAUCAGAAUGGGGACCUGGUGGAAGAACUGAAAAGGCUGGGGAUCCACUGCGUCCUUUUCGAUGAAAAGAAAGACCAAGACAUUAAGUGAGGGCGGCCAGGUCCUCGCUGGGCAGAGAGGGAGCCGUUCAUGUCAGAGGCUCACUACCAGAAAAGCAAAACCGAUUUUGGUUUUCACUACUGAGACAACAGCUGCUUGCACUGAUCAUUUUGGCUCGUGAGCAGUUGGGUGAUUUUAGUUCGUCUAGUGUUUGGGCUAAGAAUAUUUUAUGGUGGACUUAAUUACAACCACUGCACUGUAAUGAUUCAAUGCUGUAUUAUGAUAUCGCUGUAAACAAAAUUCAUUCUUAUAUUGUCAUUUAUUCCUGGGCCUGAUUCAGGAGUUAAAUAGGAGCUUGGGAAUCAUUAUUCAUGACCCCUCUGCAAAUGUGUCAGUCUGCAAGGACAGUAUCUUCCCCCCAGAUUUAGUGUAGCUUCUUUUGUUAUGGAAAAUGAUGGAC